AUGGCAAUCCUGAGAUUGAAUCACUAUCUAUUAGGAAAGGCUUUAGCUUCCCAUUUCUGUGUUAAUCAUUUAUCUUGUAUUGCUUUGAAUCUUCAUUCUGUUUUGGGUUCUUAUUCAACCACUAGUAAGGGUAAAUGCAACAAUGAGAAUUUCAAUGAGGGUUUUGGGAAACUGGGUUAUGUGUUUUCUGAAAAAUUAGGUUUUGCUGCAAGUGUUAAUGAUAAUGUAGAAGAAGGUGAUGAAGAAGUUGAAGAGGAAGGUGAAGAAAUUGAUAUUGAGAUUACUAGUUCCUUUCAUGGGAAUGGUAACAGACAGAGAGAAAGUAUUGCAAGAUUUGAAAUUGAUGAGAGUGAAUUUCGACACCCGUUGGUUAGAGAAGUUUGUAGGUUAAUUACACUUAGGUCGAGUUGGAACCCUAAAUUUGAGGGAAAUUUGAGGCAUUUAUUAAGGAGUCUAAAACCGAAACUUGUUUGUGCUGUUUUGCGGUCUCAAGAGGAUGAAAGGAUUGCUUUGAGUUUUUUUUACUGGGCGGAUCGGCAAUGGCGUUACAGACAUGAUACUAUUGUGUACUAUACAAUGCUGGAUAUUCUUAGCAAGACUAAGUUGUGUCAAGGUGCGAGGAGGGUUCUAAGACUUUUGACUCGCCGGGGAAUUGAGUGUUCUCCGGAGGCUUUUGGUUAUGUGAUGGUGUCGUAUAGCCGGGCAGGGAAGUUGAGGAAUGCGCUGCAGCUUUUGACGUUGAUGCAGAAAGCUGGAGUCGAACCGGAUUUAUCGAUAUGUAACACUGCUGUUUAUGUUUUGGUUAAAGGCGCUAAAUUGGAAAAAGCGUUAAGAUUCUUGGAGCGAAUGCAGGUGGCUGGAAUCAAACCUGAUAGUGUCAGUUAUAACUGUUUGAUCAAAGGUUACUGUGAUUUAAAUCGGAUUGAUGAUGCACUGAAGCUUAUUGCAGAAAUGCCAUAUAAGGGAUGCCCUCCGGAUAAAGUUAGUUACUAUACUGUGAUGGCUUUCCUCUGUAAGGAUAGAAAAGUUGAAAAAGUGAAGCAUUUAAUGGCGAAUAUGGUUCGAGAUAGUAAUUUAAUACAAGACCAGGUUACGUAUAAUACACUAAUCCAUGCGCUAUCGAAGCAUGGACAUGCAGAUGAUGCUCUUGCUUUCCUAAUGGAAGCAGAAGAGAAGGGUUUCCACAUUGAUAAGGUCGGGUAUAGUGCAGUAGUUGACUCGUUUUGUAAAAAAAGGAGGAUAGACGAUGCGAAAAGUUUGGUGAUCGAUAUGCACUCGAAAGGUUGUAAUCCUGAUGUAGUGACAUAUACUGCUAUUAUUGAUGGAUUUUGUCGCGUGGGGAAGUUAGAUGAAGCGAAAAAGAUGCUGCAGCAAAUGUACAAACAUGGGUGCAAACCGAAUACCGUGACAUAUACAGCCUUGUUGAAUGGCCUCUGUCAGAAUGGAAAAUCAUUAGAGGCUAGGGAGAUGAUAAGUUUAAGUGAGGAGAAUUGGUGGACUCCAAAUGCCAUCACGUAUAGCGCUGUGAUGCAUGGACUCCGUAGGGAGGGAAAAUUGUCCGAGGCGUGUGAUAUGAUUAGAGAAAUGAUCGGAAAAGGUUUUCUCCCAAAUCCAGUUGAAAUUAACCUGCUAAUACAGUCACUAUGUAAAAAUCAGAAUGUAGUCGAAGCUAAAAAAUUCUUAGAAGAAUGUCUGCAUAAGGGUUGUGCCGUUAAUGUCGUAAACUUCACCGCUGUAAUUUACGGUUUCUGUCAGAUUGGUGACUUGGACGCAGCUCUGUCAGUGCUAGACGACAUGUAUUUAAGCAAUAAACAUCCUGAUGCCAUCACAUACACAGCAUUGUUUGAUGCAUUAGGGAAGAAAGGUAGAUUGGACGAGGCUGCCGAGUUAAUUAUAAAAAUGCUAGGCAAGGGUUUUGAUCCAACACCUGUAACAUACAGAGCAGUGAUUCACCGUUUUUGUCAAUGGCGACGAGUAGACGAUAUGAUGAAACUAUUGGAAAAAAUGCUUGCUAGGCAGCCGUUUAGAACAGUAUACAAUCAAGUUAUUGAGAAGCUUUGUGAAUUUGGAAACUUUGAGGAGGCUGAGAAACUACUAGGGAAGGUUCUGAGAACAGCGUCAAAACUUGAUGCUAAAACAUGUCAUGUUCUGAUGCAAAGCUAUUUGAGUAAAGGGAUUGCUAUAUCAGCAUAUAAAGUGGCUUGUCAAAUGUUUAGACGAAACUUGAUUCCCGAUUUAAAACUUUGUGAGAAAGUGAGCAAGAAACUGGUGUUAGAUGGUAAAUCGGCGGAGGCCGAUAACCUGAUGUUAAGAUUUGUUGAGCGUGGAAUACAACAAAAUGAGAUGCAUUUGUGA